AACGCGCGUGCGCCCGCUUGUGGGCGGAGCCUGGGCGCGGCAGGGGCGGGGCCUUUCGUCACGCGCAGCCCCGCCCCUCGGUCUCCGGGAGGCGGCAACCGCUUCUCUUCCCGGUUGUUGGAGACUGCUUCACCUCGGUUCUCGGUAACUAUGGGGGACCCCAGCAAGCAGGACAUCCUGGCCAUCUUCAAGCGCCUGCGCUCGGUGCCCACUAACAAGGUGUGUUUUGACUGUGGUGCCAAAAAUCCCAGCUGGGCAAGCAUAAGCUAUGGGGUGUUUCUCUGCAUUGACUGCUCCGGAUCACAUCGGUCGCUUGGGGUCCACUUGAGUUUUAUUCGGUCCACAGAACUGGAUUCUAACUGGUCCUGGUUCCAGCUUCGAUGCAUGCAAGUUGGCGGGAACGCAAAUGCUUCUUCCUUCUUCCACCAGCAUGGGUGUGCCACCAAGGACACCAACGCCAAGUACAACAGCCGUGCAGCUCAGCUCUACAGGGAGAAAAUCAAGACUCUGGCCACCCAGGCCACCCGCAGGCACGGCACCGAUCUGUGGCUGGACAGCUGUGCAGCUCCACCCGCAUCCCCUCCUCCAAAGGAGGAGGACUUUUUUGCCUCUCACGCCUCUCUGGAGGUCAGUGGUGCUACGCAGGCAUCUGCACAGCCAGAGCCAGCCUCGUCAACACCGUGGGGCUUGGAAACUACUCCAGAAAAACACGAAGGUGGGCCGGGACAAGGGCCAAGUGUGGAAGGGCUGAACACCCCUGGGAAGACUGCACCUGCAGAGGUUUCAUCCAUUAUAAAAAAGAAGCCAAAUCAAGCAAAAAAAGGACUUGGAGCCAAAAAAGGGAGCUUGGGAGCCCAGAAACUGACAAAUACAUCCUUCACUGAGAUCGAAAAGCAAGCUCAGGCUGUGGAUAAGAGGAAGGAGCAGGAAGACCUGGCCAGGGGCACCCCGAAGGAAGAGUCCAUUGUUUCAUCGUUGCGAUUGGCCUACAAGGAUCUGGAAAUUCACAAGAAGCAAGAUGAAAGACUGAACCUGAGUGGCCAGAAGAAGGCGGAAGCUGAGCGGCUGGGCAUGGGCUUCGGAAGCUGCAGAGGUGGCAUCUCCCACUCAGUGACCUCAGACAUGCAGACCAUCGAGCAGGAGUCACCCACACUGGCAAAGCCAAGGAGGAAGUACCAGGAGGACCCAGAGGACUCGUACUUCAGCUCCAGCUCCAAGUGGUCUGAGCAGAGCAGCAGCAGGUACUUUGACGACCCCAUGGAGCUAAGAAGCAGCCACUUUUCUAGCUGGGAUGACAGUGCCGACUCCUACUGGAAGAAAGACAGCAGCAGAGACCCUGAGCCUGCCACGAAAAGCACCGGCUCUUCAGACAGGCCCAGUUCUCGCCGGAAGCCAGAAUACGAGCCCGUUGGCAAUACAGAUGAAGCCCAGAAGAAGUUUGGCAAUGUCAAGGCCAUUUCCUCGGACAUGUACUUUGGCAUACAAUCCCAGACAGAUUUUGAAACCCGGGCACGGCUGGAGAGGCUCUCCACCAGCUCCUCCAUUAGCUCUGCAGAUCUUUUCGAUGAGCAGAGGAAGCAGACCACAGGAAACUACAACCUCUCGAACGUGCUGCCCAACGCCCCAGACAUGGCACAGUUCAAGCAAGGUGUGCGCUCCGUUGCUGGAAAACUUUCCGUCUUUGCCAAUGGGGUCAUGACAUCCAUUCAGGUGAGUAAAACAAGGCUGGGGUUCCCAGGGGCCCUGGAGCUGCAGCUGUGAGUGGGGGCUGUGCUGCAGAAUGGCCCAGGCUUCAUGAAGGGCUGGAGCCAUGGAGUAUACUGUCACCCUGUCUGUCACACUGUCUGUCACACUGUCUGUGAUCUCAGCCACUCGGGGCUGAGGCAGGUAGAGCCUGAGUUCAAGACUUGUCUGCGCUGAGAUCCUGUUUUCUAAGUUCUUACUGGGAUUCAUAUAUUUCCCCGGAUCUGGGUUUAGAAUGGAGAAUUAUUUUUUUUUAAUGUAGAUUCAUUUGUCUUAUUUUAUAGAUAAGAAUGUUUUGCCUGUAUCAUGUACACAUGUCUGCAUGCCUGGCCUCAAGAAGGGAUUAAGUCCCCAGAACUGUAGUUACAGAUGGUUGUGAGCUGCCAUGUGGGUGCUGGGAAUCGAACCCAGGUCUCCUGUAAGAGCGGCAAAUGCUCUAAACCACUGAGACAUCCCCCAGCUCCAUAGAAGAUGUGGAAACCACCCACUAUCUCCCUGUUCUGGGGUAACCUCUGUAGCGUUUUGCUAUGUCUUGUUUUACUUCUUUCUAUUUAUUUUUUUUUAAAGAUUUAUUCAUUUAUUAUAUAUAAGUACACUGCAGCUGUCCCCAGAUACACCAGAAGAGGGCAUCAGAUCUCUCCACAGAUGGUUGUGAGCCACCAUGUGGCCGCCGGGAACCGAACCCACGACCUCUGGAAGAGCAGUCGGGUGCCCUCAACCGCUGAGCCAUCUCUCCAGCCCUCUAUUUAUUUUUUUGAGUCAUGGUCUCUCUGUGUAGUCUUGGCUGACUGCUGAUUACUAUGUAGAGAGCCCCCUGCCUCUGCCUCUGCCUCUGCCUCUGCCUCUGCCUCUGCCUCCUGAGUGCUGUGAUUAAAGGAGUGUGGUAUCACACCCAGCAUUUUGUUUUGAAACAGGGUCUCACUAUGUAUCCUAGCUGGCUUGGAACUGGCUUUGUACCCGGUUAACCCAGAACAUGGAGCUCUUUGCCCUCCUGGAUCCUGGGAUUUCAAGGUGUACACCACCAUUCCUGACUGCGUAUAUUUUUAACGGAAGAGGGAAUUCUAUUGCUGUAUGACUGUAUUUAUUAGUGUACACUCAUUGUACAUGGUCCUGGUUACUGAAGGACAUUUCAUAGUGUACAGAAUGGACCUGAUGGGUAUCUCCCCCACAGCUCUACCCUCCACCUCACCCCCUUAUUCCCUAGAGAGUUCCUCUUCUGCUUUACACUGUAUGCACACACAUCGUUUACACUGUAUGCACACACAUCCUUUACACUGUAUGCACACACAUCCUUUACACUGUGUACACACACAUCCUUUACACUGUGUACACACACAUCCUUUACAGUGUAUGCACACACAUCCUUUACACUGUGUACACACACAUCCUUUACACUGUAUGCACACACAUCGUUUACACUGUAUGCACACACAUCCUUUACACUGUGUACACACGCAUCCUUUACACUGUGUACACACACAUCGUUUACACUGUAUGCACACACAUCCUUUACACUGUGUAUGCACACACAUCCUUUACACUGUGUACACACACAUCCUUUACACUGUAUGCACACACAUCCUUUACACUGUGUACACACACAUCCUUUACACUAUAUGCACACACAUCCUUUACACUGUAUGCACACACAUCCUUUACACUGUAUGCACACACAUCCUUUACACUGUAUGCACACACAUUCUUUACACUGUAUGCACACACAUCCUUUACACUGUGUACACACAAUCCUUUUAUGUAUCUGUAGAAAAUACUUGUCUUUCUGUGUUAAACUUAAUUCAGCUCAUAUACAAGAAGGUGAAGGGGCAUCCUGUUUAUGACAAGGAGGCCGUCUCAGCUUGUGUAAACAGCUUGCUUCGGAAUCUUCUUGGUUAUGUGAAGUCAUUUUAGAAGCAUUCUAUUAGGAUGAAAUGUGACCCUGAGGAGUUGACUGAGUUGACAUUGCCACUUAUGGGUCCACAGAGGCUUCUAGUCUACAGACCAACCCUGCUGUGGCCUUGAUGGGAAUGUGAGGGAGGAGAAAGCCUAAAACUGCAGAGGCUAGGGGCUCUCGUCCCUCUUCUCUUCUCCCUCCUUCCUCCCUCCAGUGGGCAUUUCUUCAAGUCCUGCUGGCACCAGUGCCCUGCCAGGUAGUUUCUCUGUUUUGUGGGUGUGACCUUUCUGUAUUUAGAGUCCUCCCAACUUGUGUCCCCAUUUAUAAGUGAAGAAGCAGAGGCAGAGGUUGAACCUCUGCUAGAUGAGCAGGGACUUCAGACAGAUCCCUUGAUGCUCCCCUCACAGUGCUCCCUGGACCGCUCAGAACAUGGCCCUCCAGGAGGGGGCAGCCCCUGCCUUGCAAUCUAAUCCCAAGCUGGCCUCCCACCCCCACUUCCCCUCCUGGCCAUGAAGAGGCUGAGGCAGUGCUGGCACCACACAGCUGCUCUUCGUGCAGAGACGGUGGCCGCUGACAAGAGCCAGAUGUCCCUCAUCAACAGCGAUUGCAUGGCGUGUGCCUGGAGGAGACAGAUGCAGUACUGGUAGUAAAUGUUGGUCUGGUUCUCUUUAGGAUCGCUACGGCUCGUAAUCCUGGUACCAGGCUGUGUCCAACCUGGUAAAACUCCUCUUCAAAUGGACGGGAGACCACAUCUGGCUGUGCGGAAACCCCAGCUGCUUUGCGGGCCGGCUCUACACAUGUGCGGGCAAGGCACCUGCACAUUUCUGAGUUUGCGUGUUUCCUUUGAGACAUCUCGUUUCUGUGUAGUGGGGCUUUGCUUUCAUCUCUGGUUUAGGUUAGCUCCUUUGCUUUACCCUUGGGCGGCUUUAGUUCUAAGAACUGGAAGCCUGGCUUCUGGCUCCUCCACCUCAGACUGGGAGUCACCGUCACCGGGACUCGUGAUUAUCCGUGGACUGUGGGCUCAGGGCUGCCAGUACCAGCUGGUGCUGGAUGGGCUAGGGAAAUAAAGCCACAACCGUGCUUCUCCCUGCAGAGGAGCAAAACAAGCAAAACAAAACAAACAGGACCAGAAGUGCCCAGCCCCUUGCUGACAGAUUGCUUCCUGUGUGUGUCCCCACACAACAAGCUUUCAGACAACACACACGUAAAGCCAUCUGUCACUCUGUAAAUUAUUUUGUACAUUCUCUACUCUUAAGUGUUUCCCAGUCAGUUCCUUUAACAAACAUGAGCUUCCAUGAUGCCAAAGGAGUUCACUGCCACCUGGGAACAGAUAGGGUGUCGCCCUGUGAGAGGAUGAACGAGGCCAGCUGAGGGCUCCCAAGUGCACUUAGACAUCAGCAGUUCCAGGAGCACAAGCUGAGAAGGACGGCACUGUGGCAUCAGGACGAGGCUCAGACCCGGGGAGAGGGUGAUUAUAAUUGGGUAGUUUUGUUAAUAUUUUUUUAUCUUGACCUUGAUGUUCCAAAAGUUACAGGAUAGAUGUAAAUCGAUAAACUAAUUUGGCUGUGUUUUAGACAGCACCAGAAUAUAUUCAACGCAGUAAAAUAUAUUUGAAAUUUGAUGAACCAAAAA